GGAAUAUUCCUACAACAUUCAACUUCUUAAGAUACUUUUCCAGUGUCAUUGGCUGGUUAGACACCACUGAACUGUCGGCCGAUUGAAUUACGUCGACCCUCCUGGUAGGCACAAGUCAAUGCACCAUCUUUGCCAGACGUAAUCACGCUGGCGAGAUAUUCAGAGACGGUUUGCCUCUCCUUUCCACCUUGCCCCAGCCGCUUUGUCCUUUCAAGCAGUAAUUCUCUGCUCAGUGCUCGCUUGCCCUUGAUCCUCUUUACUCAAGACCUCCAGUCACACCCAUCCAGACUGAUUCUAGCGCCACACACACCUGUCAGUGCCACUAUCACCCCAUAUUGAUCUCACCCACUACCCCCAAUUCGCAUAUCAACAUGGCCAAUGCUACGGAUGAAGACGAUGAUUACAUGAAUAUGACAUUUGAGGAACCUCUCGGAACGAAAAAGAUGGAAACAUUGACACAGAAGAAGAAGCGCCUGGCGCGGGAAGCCGAAAUCAAAGCGAACCCAAAAUCCAAGGCGGCGCUAGCAGAAGAAGAACGCAAAAAGCGAGAGGCUGCUCUGAACUCAAACACCAUGGACACCACCAGUAAAGGCUACAAGAUGAUGGCGGCGUUGGGAUACAAACCCGGAAGUGCUCUAGGUGUGGAACGACCAGCUGGCAAGGAUGGGAGUGAAGAGAAGGACGAUCGACUGCUCGAGCCGAUUGGAUUGGAGAUGAAGGAUUCAAGGAGUGGAAUUGGUGCUGAUGCGGAGAAAAAACGGAAGUUCAGAGAAGAGCUGGCGGGUCAGGAAGAAGCGGAUAAGAAGAGGAAGACCGAUGCACUUGAUUUCCGAGAACGACAGCAUAAAGAGCGAGAGUUGAAGAGGAUGGACGGUCAGAUUUGGGGUGCGAUGAAGGUAUGUGAGCGGCUGGAAGAGGAAGAGGAAAAUACGCCGACCCAGGAAGAUGAGAACGAGGAUGUGAGGGCUCGCAAUGGCAAGCGAACCAAGCCCUUGAAAAGUGUCAAUGUCCUCUGGCGAAGUCUCGUGAAACAGAGAGCCUUGAACGAGCGAGACCGGAGAAUGAGAUACGAUCUCCACCAGUCACUUUCGAGACGGGCAGAUUACAUCGACCCCGAGGAAGAUAAGGAGGAUCGAAUCGCCCUAGGGAAGAAAGCAGACACAGAGGAAGUCGACGUGGCCCUGGACGAAGAAGAUGAAGAAUUGGACGAAGUUGAAGCUCUCGAACCACCAGAGAGGCUGAACAAACUUGUCACAUAUCUUCGUGAGAGGUGGAACUAUUGUUUUUGGUGUAAAUAUAAAUAUCCGGACAAGGAAAUGGAUGGAUGUCCGGGGUUGACGGAGGAGGAGCAUGAUUAA